GGCAGAACGAUCAGUACUCAUACCAAACUGCAGCAUAUUCAUGAAAACAUUCUCUGCGAAACAAACGAUAAGUAAUAUCUUGAAGUAUCAAUUCACUUUUUUCGCCGAUCAGUAACAUUUGACACGAAAUUGUCGUAUAUCAUAAAAUUUUGCAAGUCACGCACAAAAUAUACGCAUAAAUAUAAAGAGAUAAUCUCUCUUAUUACAGUAAGUUACAUACAUUGAUUAAUGUCCCCCAGAUAAAGUGUGACUAGUGCAAUUGCAAUUGGCUUGUUACUACGGCAGUCACUGGAUAGUCACUGCACAGAAGGUAACGGCUUACGUAAGGUGUCAAACCUAUUGGACGUAAUACGUAGUGACGUGAUACGAAAUCGCAGCGGCUCUAAUAAAUCAACAUGAAGACGUUGCUAUUUAUUUUCCUUGUAAUGUUGACUUGUGAUCAAAUCGCUGAUGGUUACCGGAUUCUUGGUAUGUUUCCGUUACACGGCAAGAGUCACUGGAUCAUGCAAGAGGCAUUGAUGAAGGCUUUGGCAAAACGGGGUCAUCAAGUGGACGUCUUCACGCAUUUUCCACAGAAGAAACCUAUACCUAAUUACACGGAUAUCAGCUUGAAGGGCAGUCUUCCGCAAGUAGUGAAUAAUGUUACUGCAACAGAAGUAUUAGGUUUCAGCACUCCGUCUAUAGCCAAACUGGUUGAAAUGGCUGGAACGAACAUUUGUGAAUUAUUGAAUCAUCCAAAACUGCAAGACCUGAUCAAGAAUCCGCCACAAGAUCCCCCAUACGACAUCAUCAUUUUAGAGCUGUUCGCCGCACCGUGCUACCUCGCAUUUGCCCGCCAUCUCAAAGUCCCCAUGGUCGGCACGGUGGCCAGCGUUUUUCACGACUGGCUGAACGAGGUGUCCGCUAAUCCGAUGGGUACUGCUUACGUCCCGAGCAUGUUCUCAAUGCACAACCAACACAUGAAUUUCAAGGAACGUCUGACAAACUUUUUAUUGUCGCAUUAUCUCUCUUGGCAAAUGCAUUAUUACACGAAUAUCCAAUUAAAGUAUGUGAAGGAACACUUCGGCAUAGACGUGCCGCAUAUCAAGGAUUUAUAUUCCGACAUAUCCUUGUAUCUGGUCAACUCUCAUCACACGUUGAAUGGAAUCAGAGCAAUGACCACCAAUGUGAUCGAGGUCGGCGGUUUGCAUCUUAGCGACGACGAUGAUCCACUGUCACCGGAAGUGCAAAAGUGGUUGGACGAAAGCAAAGAUGGCUGUAUCUACUUUACAUUUGGGUCGAUGGUGAGGAUUGAAACUUUCCCCAAAGAAAUAGUUCAACAAUUUUACGCAUCUUUUGAGAAGAUCGCGCCAGUCCGCGUACUAAUGAAGGUAGCGAAAAAAGAGGAUCUGUUGCCAGGAUUACCGAAGAACGUCAUGACGCAAUCGUGGUUUCCACAGAUCUCCGUUCUUAAACAUAAAAAUAUACGAGCUUUUAUUACGCACGGCGGGAUGUUUGGAACGCAAGAGGCGAUCUAUUGUGCAGUUCCUAUGAUUGGCAUCCCCCUAUUUGGGGAUCAACGCGUCAACAUUAAAAAUUACGUCAACAAAAAGGUGGCUAUUUCGCUUAAUUCAGUAACCGAAGUUACCGAGGAGACAUUAACUUCGGCGAUAAAUAACAUCCUGAAGGAUCCCUCCUAUCGGAAAAAUAUACAAAAACUAUCGAAGUUGUUCCUCGAUCGACCAACGAGUGCCGUGAAUACGUCGGUAUUUUGGGUAGAGUAUGUCGCGAAAUAUGGAAACAUACUUCAAUCGCCAGCAAUGAGGCUUUAUUGGUGGCAACAAAACUUAUUGGACAUUUACGCGUUGAUACUUGUAGUGACUAUUACAGUGCUCUACGUCGUGCUAUUUAUCCUUUGGAAAUUGAAGAAGCUCUUGUUCGGAUCGCGCGCUUGCGCAAAGAAAGACAAUGCGGCAAUCAAGUCGAAGAAGAACAAGUAAAGAAGUUGUGCAAGUAUUAUUUCCUUCUCUUGAUAAAUUAGCAAUCUUGAAGAUUAUUAUAUCUUCUCUUCUCAUAGAUUCUACAAGAUUAUAUAUGAAAACGAGAACUUUGUACGACGCUUUUCUAACGUUAUUAUUGAAUAUUAUAUAUAUAUAAUAUUUUAAUAAAAUAUUUGAUUAAUUACUGUU